CUUUGUUGAUGCCUCCUCCCUCCUUGCUGCCUCCUCCUUGUCUCGCGGCCCUCCUCGCCGUCACCGGCCCCUCCCAGGCCUGCUGCCAAGGCCCGCGCCCCUCGAAGAAAUUCCCCGCCUGGGCCCCGCCGCCGUGCGCGGUCGGUCGGCCAGCAGGCCCGCGGACCAUGGCGGCCCGCACUCUGGCGCUGGUCGCGGCGGCGGUGGCGGCGCUGCCGACGGCGGCCGGCGACGGCCGCCUGGGCCUCGUGCGCGCGCAGGCCACACCGCGCUCCUGCCGCGGAGGUCGGCUCGGCGGCCGUCGAGCUGGCGUCGGGCGGCGGCGGCGGCAGGAAACCAGAGGCGGUCAACGGGACGCCGAGGGAGAUUCAGAUGCUCCCGACGAAGGUGGAGGCGCGCCGAGCCGUGGGCCCCACGGCAGCCGGGAGCUGGUGGUUGCGGAGGGUAAGGGGGGGAGGAACCAAGGCAUUUGGCAGCUCGAGGAUUUCGCGCCUCGGUUCUUCCAGAAUCAGGAGAAGUGCGCUCAACCCGUUCCAGGAGAAGAGCGGCGCAUGCCACCCUCCCCCCAUCUCUAAGUAAACCAAAGCACGACCAGUCCACCGGGAAUACAGUCCAAGAGAGUCGGAACGUUUUUUGUUUGCAAACAACUAACAAUUUGUUGUGCAAGUCGCAGUGUGCGCCUGCCUUCUGGAUAGGGCGGACUGGGUGGGGCAGCAAGCAUUCCGCGCUUCUCGGGAGACGUGCAGCCAGAUUGUGAUGAGUACGUUCGCCCUGGGCAUCGUGCCGAAACGUCAGCUUGUACCGCGCACCGGGGCAAUACAAGUCACGGGUAGUUGCCGCAACAAAUAAUUCGGAGACAAGGUAGUAAGCGCUGUAUCUUGCGUACGCGCGCAUUCCAAAGUCGUUUUAGCAUCCGCGCACGCUUUCUUUCUCACUGCCUCUCGCCGGGGGCAGGGCCCUAACGCUCUCGCCGUGCAAGCGGGCGGUGGGCUUCGGGGCAGCACUGCACGGUAGCAGCUGUAGUGCGGCCCCCUUGCGCCAUCUGGAAAAAAGGCGUUGAGGUAAGCUGUGAGCAUUCGUUAUUUGGGCCCUUGUGCGGAGUCGCCAACCUAUCAUGACGAGUGGCGCGCAGCAAUGUAUGCGCUCCCAGACUUUGCGUGUGCGACGAUGGCCCGUGUCCCAACCACUUUAAACACGCCGUGUUUGUCAGCCCGGGGUGGCCUCAAGGUAAUCUUGACCGCCUGCCUCACGUGUUCAUUGAAAUUUGGGUCAUUGAGACAUGGC